GCCUGGCUUGUAAAAACUGGAGCAAAAACAUCAAUACUGCAACGCGCAACGGCUCUGCGACGCGUGGAGCGCAGCCCUGCACGAUUUGAGCAGGCCUGCGUGAGUUUGAGCACGCCUGCUGCAGCGCUGCGGCCACAAUGGUCGACUACUCCAAGUUCGACGGCAUCGCGGACAGCGACGAGGAGACGACGGAACCCAUCGAGCUCGGCACGACGCGCGAAGCCGGCAACGCAUUGUUCAAGCAGAAGAAGUACGCCGCGGCCAUCGCCACCUACUCGGCGCUGCUCGACGACGCCGACGACGACGAAAAAGCUCUCUUGUUGUGCAACCGCAGCGCGUGCUUAUUAGCCGUCGACAACGUGCUGCAGGCGUCGCGCGACGCGAAGCAGGCCACUGCACUAAAACCGCAGAGCGCCAAGGCCUGGUAUCGAUUCGCGACGGCGGAAUUGAAACGGAAAAGCUACAAGAACGCGCGCAUCGCCGCGGCGAAGGCCCACGCGUUGGAUGAUUCAGCGGCGACGCGGGCCCUCCUCAAGAAGUGCAAGGCGGCGGGCGCCGAGCUGUACGGCGAAAAAGUGAAAGCGCCGAGGCCGUCGCCGACGCACGUCGAGGCGCAGGCGCGCGACGCGCAGCUGGCGCUGGAGCGAUUAAGAAGAAUGGCCCGGGACGCCGCUGACGGCAAGGACGCGGCCCUCCAGGACGCGCACGGCAUGUGCGUCUACUUCACGAAGCUCGCUUGCAACAAGGCGGAUUUUCGGGAAAUGAUCUUCCCGGGCGAGCCCCCGCAGCGCUUUGACGAUAAUGACCUGCCGGGCACGCUCUGCGAGUUCCUGAAUGACGAGCGCUACGCUUCAUCCAUAAAAAAGCGGUGGCCGUCUGUAUUAAGGAAGGCGCACACGGUACUGGUAGGAGCGAAGAAGCAGGGCGAGGAUGCGGGCGAGACGAUGCCGCCCGAGGUCGAACGGGUCUUGUGGCCGCAGAUCGUCGCCGAGGCCUACGCGCGCGAAUUCCAGGAGUGCGCCCACGAAGGGACGACGGAAAGUGUGGUGGAGCUCCCGUCGUCCGUCGAAGCGCUGCCGCGCCAGGCGUGCCGGGCGCUGUCCUUGGACGCGGACGCGGACACGUGGGGCGGCGUUGGGUGCGUCGUCCCGAAUUACCUGGGCAAGGACUGGCACGCGGCCGUCGCGGACGAUGUGGCUCGUUUAAUAGAGGAGAGCCAGACAUCAACAAAGAAGACGCGGCGGCUCCAGCAGCUCGUCUGCGAUGGGGAUGAGCCCGGUUCGUUGGCGUCGCGCGGCGCCGUCGCGUGGCUCGACCCGACGGAGCUCGACGCGGACUUCCCGGCCCUCGCCGAGCUCGCGAAGAGGCUGCGGGGCCUGCCCGAGGCCUUCGCGCAGGCGGCGGCAUCAAAACCCGACGCGCGCGAGGUCCGGCCGCUGCUCGAGCCCGCCCUACCGAUCGAGUGGGAGCCGUGCGCGGCCCUCGCGCCGCCGUCGAAGGGCCCCCAGCUUCUUGUUUUAGACCCGGACCACGUCGUCGACAACAACUUGUUUCUCUGCGACGGCGACGGAGACGGCGCGCGGCCGCUCAUCUCGGCGCUCUACUUCGUCGACGGCGGUGACCCGCGCGCGCAUUUGUUAGAUCCGGACCCGAAGGCGAAGCCGCCCGAAACAUUGGGAGGCGACGUGGUUUUGAAAAGGGCGCCAGAUGGUGACUUCGCGCACGUCGAGCCGCGGGCCGACGCGCUCGUGCUCUGGCGGUCGAAGCUCUGUUACCACGCGCGCGAGCCCGUCAAAAAGGGGUGCCGCGCCGUCGUGCGCCACUGGGUCUUCGCGGCGCCGGACGUCAUGGAGCGGAACCGCGACAAGGCGGCGGCCGCGUGA